CCGUGGAUACCCUGUGGCACCCCACUAGUCACUUAUCUCCAAGAUGAAGGGGAACCAUUGCUGAACACCCUUUGGGUUCAGCCAGUCAACCAGUUACAAAUCCACCAAACAGUUGCAUUGUCUAGCCCACAUUUUACUAGCUUGUUUGCAAAAAUAUCCAUAUGCAAUGCCUCUGGGACCUCCACAUUAGGAUAGCAGCUGCUUGUACAUCCAUCAGCAUCAGUGGACAUUCCUAACCAGUCCCUGAUGGGUUAAAAGAUAGCCAGACGGACGGCUGGCCAAGCGUCAAGGUGGCUGCAGCUGUAUUGCUCCAUGAGCUUCAAGUGGGGGGUGGGUGAGAAUACACAGAGCAGACCUUGCCUGGGCUUGUGGCAUUAAAUACCUUUCCAUGCUUUUGCGAGACAGAAAAAAAAAUGAGAAAAGAAGUGGUAUUGGUGCUGACACUCAUCUGGGCCUUGGCAGCCAGGUCUCUGCAACCUGAAGGAGAAGCUGCCAAAGAACACACCACUCCUGAAAACCAAAAGUGCCCUGCCCCCUGCAGCUGUAGUUAUGAAGACUGGAACGAUGAGCUGAGCGUCCAGUGCAGCACCCAGAAGCUCACAAAGCUGCCUGAAAAUUUGCCCACAGGGGUGAAGAUGCUAUGGUUGGAUGGCAACAAUUUUACUUCCUUGCCCGCUCUUGCUUUCAGAAACCUCUCCAGCUUGGAAUUUCUCAAUCUACAGGGCAGCCAUUUGAUAAAUAUUGAACAGCACACCUUUCAUGGCUUGGAAGCAUUGUAUUCCUUGAUUCUCGAACGCAACCGACUAAAGUUGUUGACGCCGAACAUCUUCCUGCACCUUCAGAACUUGGUUUCCUUACGGCUCAAUAACAACCAGUUUAGCAAGAUUGAAGAAGGUGUGUUUGCUGGGCUUUCUAACCUCUGGUACUUGAAUCUUGGAUGGAACUCCUUGGUGGUUCUGCCAGACAAAGUCUUUCACGAUUUACCCAAUCUAAGGGAGCUGAUUUUGGCUGGGAACAAAUUGCACUAUCUCCAGCAUCAACUGUUUCUCAGUCUCAGUGAGCUGAGAGAACUUGACUUAAGUGGGAAUUCACUCAAGGGUAUCAAAAGCAACAUCUUUUCCAGGCUUCAAAAGCUGCAGAAGCUCUACUUGAAUCAGAACCAGAUCAAUGCCAUUGCCCCCCGGGCCUUUGUGGGGAUGAAGUCUCUGAGAUGGCUGGACCUGUCUCACAACCGCUUAACCACUUUAUUUGAAGACACGUUCCUGGGCCUUUCAAGCCUGCGUGUCUUGCGUCUCUCCAGAAAUUCCAUUACGGGCCUAGGGCCAAAAAUAUUCAAAGAUCUCCAUUCCUUGGAGGAACUGCAGCUUGGAAACAAUAUGAUUCGAAAUUUGCUGGAGAGGGGAUUUGACAAACUAAACCAGCUGGAGGUUCUUGCUCUCAAUGACAAUCAGAUUGAAGAGAUCAGGACUGGAGCAUUUCUUGGACUCUCUAAAGUGGCAGUUAUGAACCUUUCUGGGAAUUGCCUUAAGACUCUUCCAGACUGUACUUUCAGGGGUCUCAACCAACUGCACAGCCUUCACCUGGAAAACAGCUGCCUCAGUAGGAUCAGACCACAAAUGUUUGCAAAUCUUUCCAGCUUGCGAAGGCUCUUCUUGCAACACAACAUGAUCUCCAUGAUUGAGGAGAACAGCCUGAAUAACUUGCAUGAACUCCUCGACCUGGACCUCAAGCACAAUCGCCUGAGCCGACUCUCUCCCAAUCAAUUUACUGGCCUCAGAAAUUUGGAAUACCUUCUCCUUUCUUCAAACCAAUUGCUGGAAAUCUCCCCUGACGCUUUUGCUCCACUUCCACGUCUCUCCUGGCUUGACCUCUCCAACAACUGUCUGGAAACACUGGACAGCGGUGUCUUCACAUCCUUCUCAAAACUGGAAUAUCUGAAUGUCAGAAACAAUUCAUUGAGAACCUUCCCCUUGGGAUGGCUAAGCCCUAGCCCUACACUCGUCCAGCUUUGGUUGGAAGGGAACAAUUGGCAGUGCAAUUGCUCCCUAAAAGAAUUAAGGGACUUUGCCUUGCAGCACCCCAGCGUGGUCCUGCGAUACAUGCAGUCCAUCACGGAAGGGGAUCUUCCUGUCUACACCUACAACAACAUCACUUGCAUAAGCCCCGGGGACGUGGCAGGACUUGACCUGCGGGACAUCCAAGAAAGUUAUUUUGCAGAGUGCUAAGUACUGGUAUUCCACUUGCUUACUUCCAAAUGAUUUCAGGCCCUAUACUUUUUUAAACCUUACUGUUGGAUAUCCCGUCUCCUUUACACCCUGAAUCUCUUGCUGUUCCAUAAGAGCUGGAUAACAUAACACUAGAGCAAGAAUGGGGAAAUCUCAGGCUCUGGGACUAAAGCAAGCUUUCUUGAGGUCUCAGUCCACCUACCAAUGGAAUGCAGCAAAAAUAUCAUCAACAUUUUAAUGAAUAUUUUUGAACUGUGGUGGGUUGAAUCCGUGGAUGCGUUAAGAUUGACUAUAUUGCCUUCAAGUCAUUUAUGACUUAUUUUUCAGCAGCCCUGAAACUGAAUUUGGUCAUUGACAUGGAGACCAGGGUUCGAUUCUUAGCUUGCCCAUGAAACCCACUGAGUGACUCUGAACAAGUCACAUACUCUCAGCUUCAAAGGAAGGCAAUGGCAAACCUCCUCUGAACAAAUCUGGCCAAGAA